AUGCAUUUUGCCUACCCCCCGCGGAAAAGCUCCGACCCCCCGCCAUACCGCCCACGGUCCGGUCUACUACCCUUUCUUCGCCGUGGGCGGUUAAGAACAAUCGUCCUUGGGCUGCUGGCGUGCAUACUUGUGCUCUAUUUGAUGUUCAGGCCCAGCAAGCAGAGCCCAUAUCAUGAGCGUCAACCCGCCGGGACACCGUCCGUCGUUCUGGUGACUGUCCUCGACACCAAGCUGUAUAGCGCUGGGUAUCUGAAGACUGUUCGCGAGAACAGAGAAGAAUAUGCUUCGAGGCACGGCUACAAGACGGUCAUUACCGAAGGCAGCCAGUACGACACUGCUGGCGCCCCUACAACGUGGACGAAAUUGAUGGCCACGCACCACGCGCUGGCCAAGUUUCCGGACUGCAAAUUCGUCUGGUACCUCGAUCAGGAUGCCUACAUCAUGAACCCGUCACAAUCGCUCGAGGAUCUCGUGCUGCAACCCAAGCAGCUGGAGUCACUGAUGAUCCGCGGCCAACCUGUUGUGCCGCCGGACAGCAUCAUCAAGACCUUUAGCCAUCUCCGUGGAGAGCAUAUCGACGUUAUUUUGUCUCAAGAUAAAUCCGGUCUCGUGCACAACAACAUCAUUAUUCGCAACGGAGCAUGGGCAAAGUUCUUCCUCGAGACCUGGCUGGAUCCUCUCUACAGAAGCUACAACUUCCAGAAGGCCGAGAGACAUGCUCUGGAACACCUUGUGCAGUGGCACCCUACCAUUUUGUCAAAGCUGGCUCUCGUUCCACAGCGCACCUUUGCUUCCUAUUCGAAGCCGACGCUGGGCGAGCAGUACCAGGAGGGUGAUUUUAUCGCCAUGUUUGCUGGCUGCUCCAAUAUUGGCCGCGAGAGCUGCGAGGUUGAAUCGGGCCAUUUCUGGGAGAAGUGGAAGGCGAACUUUGGCUAA